CACGUUUGUUUUUGAUGUGGUACGGCGUCAAUCACGAGCUACCUGGAGCUAGGCCUAGCUACGUACUUACUAAGUAAUAGGUGUAAUUUACUGACAUUUUUUACAUAAUGGCGGUGGUUUUUGAUGUACAUUUGUUCAAUGUCGUUGUUCUAGGUUUAGCAUUUAUGUUUUUAUUUACUGCGUUCCAGACAAGUUCGAUGAUUGAGCAAACUAUCAUCAACAGUUUUGACAAUGAAACAUACCAUAAAACAGGACAUCACUUUAAAGGCAGUGGCUACUACAGUUUAUCAAUCAUCUAUGCGAUAUUUGCAGCUGCUAAUUGGAUAGCACCUUCGGUGGUGGCGCUGAUUGGUCCGAGGCUGUCGAUGUUCUCCGGGGGAAUUGUCUACACGCUGUUUAUCUUGAGCUUCAUUAAGCCAAUGGUUUGGAGUCUGUAUACUGGUUCUGUGCUUCUUGGUGUCGCUGCUGCAAUUAUCUGGACUGGCCAAGGCAACUAUCUGACCAUUAACUCAAAUUCGGACACCAUGGCCCGUAACAGCGGAAUAUUCUGGGCCCUCCUCCAGUGUAGCCUCCUCUUUGGAAAUUUGUUUAUUUACUUUGAGUGGCAGGGAACAGACACAAUAGAAGAUAGUAUGCGGAGGACAGUAUAUAUAGUUUUGACGGUCAUAGCAGCCAUUGGCGUGGCCCUGCUCCUUUUAUUGCGGGAUAAAAGACCAGAGGAUACGAAUAAUCUAUUGUCUGUGAAUUCAAGUGUAAACAGAGUAGAGAAACCAUGGAAUGCACUUGUGCGAUCUUUCCAACUUUUUUGUACCAAAGAACUGCUUCUUCUAAGCGUUUGUUUCUUUUAUACAGGUCUUGAAUUGACAUUCUUUAGUGGUGUGUAUGGAACAAGUAUUGGAAAUGUUGGCAUCUGGGGUGAGAAGGCUAAAGGCUAUAUUGGACUAGUGGGCACUCUGAUCGGUUGUGGAGAGAUUAUUGGGGGCGCUACAUUUGGAAUUCUUGGUGAUAAGACCAACAAAUACGGCCGUGAUCCUAUUGUGCUUUUGGGUUACGUAGUACACAUCAUUUCGUUUUACCUUAUCCUGCUAAACUUACCGAGUGAAACACCAAUUCAAAAAGCCGAGGGCAAUUCAUAUAUUCAACCAAGCAUUGGUGUUGCAUUACUUUGCGCAUUUUUGCUUGGUUUUGGUGACAGCUGUUUCAAUACACAAAUCUACUCCAUCGUCGGCUACAUGUUCCCAGAGGACAGUGCUCCGGCUUUUGCGCUUUUUAAGUUCACACAGUCUUUGGCUGCUGCAGCUGGGUUCUUCUACAGCAACCAUCUGGUUCUGCAUUGGCAGCUCUUGAUACUGGUCAUCUUUGGGACUAUGGGCACUCUGUGCUUCUUCAAGGUGGAGAGGAUAGCUAGUGAUGCCUCUGACAAUGGCUACAGCAAGAUCGGAAAAGAGUGAACAUCUACAAUUAUUACAAUGAACAAAUCUUUGUACAGUGUUAUCAAUGCAAUAAAAAAAAUCAGGUGUGGACAAUUAGAAUUCAUCUGCACAAGAAGCCAGUGAGGUGACAAAUCAUCGCUGGUUAAAAAUCUGGACGGACCAAUAAGAGGGCUGAAUGAUCAUGUUAUUUUUUUUAAAUAUAGUACUGUUAAACGACAGAAAAUAUUGAUAAUUUUCCUUUUAAGAAUUAUAAUACAUUAAGCCUAUAAAAAUCUACUUUUCUUUCGAUGUUGAAUGUCCAUGUUUUUUCACUACAUGCAACACAAAUGUAAAAUUAACUGCAAUGUAUGCCACUUAUUAUCAACCAGUUAUCUUUACUGAAUCACAAUAAAUUUGCAUUUCAGAAUAUUAAUAUUUUGAAUCCAAAUUAGCCAAUAUUAUUUGUUUUUUUUUUAAUAGAAAUAUUUAAAAAAAAACAAAUGUUGAUGCUUUAAAUCUCCUUUAAAAAAAAAUGGAAUAAAACCAAAAACUAAAAGUAAAGCCAGAGACUUACUGCGCCCGACGGUCGUCAUGCCAACGCAAUUCUAUGAAAAACGCAAUGCAACAAUGAACGCGCAACUGAUCGUUUUGAAUGACUAAAGGCUUUUCCAUGAAUGGAAUUACCUGUUCAAAGCACGAACUCCUGUAGACCAAACCCAGUACUGUUAUGAAUUUAAUUGUGCGUGAAAUUCACUCAUAACCCAAUACCGUUACGAUUUUUAAUCGUGCGGGAAAUCCACUCGCGUCACUUUGGCUAGCGCUCACAGGGAGUGGAAUUGGAUUUGUCGUGUACGAUGCCGUGAGCGCCCAGCUUAAAAGGGCGCAGUUAAUUGUAUUUGAUCAAGAAAUAUUUCUGCUGACAAAAUAAAAGUGCAAUAAGAAUCAUUUUGAAUCAUAUAAAAUUCCACCCUGUACAAAUUGUCUGUGUUUAAUUAAACAAAAUUAGUAUCCACUACAGUUGUAGUUAUAUGCCACUGGUUAUAUGCACAUAGAUCUGGGGUCAUCUGUAGCCAGGUCAGAGAAUACAAACUACAGUAUAUAAUUCAGUCUUCCUCGAAUAAUUUAAAUGAAUUUCUUACGAUAUAUCCUAAUUGUUAUUUUUUAUGUGCGUGCUAUUAUCAUACCAGAAAUCCGAGAUUUAGCUAUAAAAGCUUAAUUUUAAAAACUAUACCUUUUAUUUUUAUUAAAAUUACAUGUGACAUUUUCAGGGAAUACGUUUAUAUAAUUUGUUUAUAAUUUUUAUCUUUUGUUACAUUAAGUAUUUGAAUUUUGAAUUGGUGAUGUGUUAAAAAUAUAAGGAGUAUACCUCUCUUAUUAGCUCUACAUUAUUUUGCUUGAAAGAUAAAUAUAAAUUACAAAUAAAUAAUUUUAAUUAUUUAAAAUUGAAUUGUUUAUAUAGAUAGGCCUAUAUUUAUUUUUAAAUAGAUUUAUAUAAUUAUUAGGAAGAUGAAAGUGUUAAUGCCUUUUACAACAUACUUCUUUGCACAAUUAAGUUAAAUAAUAAAGGAUUAUUUGUGUAAUCAAUCCACUACAAAUAUAUGCUUUUAAUCCGUCCUUUAAACAUGAAUCCAGUGAUACAUGUUGUUAUAUCCUGUACUGUACUAGGGAAGGCAACAAAAUCAAGUUUAAUGCCACCUAGCUUGGUGAUACGCAUAGGGAUGAUAAGUCGGUUAUUUUGUGUUAGAGCUGAGCGUUCAGCAGAUUGGCAUGGCUCCUGCCUGUUGCGUGUCAGGGCUCUGCAGCCAAGUAUUGAAUUCCAGUCCUUUGUAAGGCCAAAAAAAAUAAAUUGUUUGCCCUCCUCCACCCGCCCCUAACUCAUUGAAAAAAAUAGGUGCGAAAAAACAAAAAAACUUAAAAUAAAGGGUUUUUCUAUCAUUUUUCUCUACAAAUAAAAAAAAUGUGAGGGAAUAUAUCUUUAUUUUUUGCCAGAUGCCCUACAAAUUAGUCUAAAGUUGUUUUAAUGUAUGUUUGUACUUUUAAGUCGGGUGGCGCUGCAAUGUGGCUACCGAGAGUCCCCAGUGACCCAGCCCAAAUUUCCAGUGUUUAUUAAAUUUGAGAACAAUAAAGAUUUAUUAUUAUUAUUACAAUUUUUUUUUUUAUAAUUAUGCAUAAAGGUGGUUUAAUUUUGAUAGUGUUCUCAUACAGCUACAAUCUAAAUACAAUAUUCUGGAUUCUUUUGGUCAGCCCUUAUAGUGGACCAAUUAAUCUUAAAAAAUUAUGAGCUGCAAAAUUUCUCAUUACCUAUUUUAUAAUUAAUAUUUGACAAAAAUGCCUUUAAACUUUUAUCUUAGUUCAUAUAGUUAUGUUCCACUCUCCUAUAAUCUCCAAACAAACAACAUCUUUAUAGGUCAACUUAUUUUCACGUCAAAAUUUAUAUCAGUUUGAAAAUAAAACAUAUAAUAAUAAAAUAAUACGA